AUGCCCUCAAUCAGCGAAGUCAUUGAAGCCCACCGGCCCGCACUAGGUCAGUAUGAGGACCUCUAUAAACAUUUCCACACAUCUCCUGAGCUCUCAUUCCAGGAAACAGAAACCGCGGCCAAAAUAGUAGACCAUCUCAAAAGCCUUGACGUAUACGAGAUCUUCGCCAACAUCGGCGGUGGUGUCGCUGCUGUGCUCAAAAACGGAGCCGGGAAAACCAUCCUACUCCGCGCAGAUAUCGAUGCGCUACCUGUGGAAGAGAAGUCAGGGGUAGAGUAUGCGAGUACGAGGAGAAUGAAGGAUUUAGAUGGUGCUAUGAAGCCGUGUAUGCAUGCUUGUGGGCAUGAUAUGCAUAUUACGGCAUUGUUAGCGGCGGCGGAGACGCUUGCGAAAGCGAAGGAGAUGUGGGUGGGGAAGCUGGUUUUAGUGUUUCAGCCGGCGGAGGAGAGGGCAGGUGGGGCUAGAGCGAUGGUGGAUGGAGGUUUGUAUCAGAAGGUUCCGGAGCCAGACCUGUGUGUGGGUGCGCAUGUUAUGGCUUAUCGAGCGGAAGGUGUGAUUGGAACUAGACAUGGCCUUGUAGCUUCGUCGGCAGAUUCUUUUCUUCUCACCAUCCACGGUCGACAAGCGCAUGCCUCAAUGCCGAGUCGAAGCAUCGACCCUAUAGUUCAAGCCUCCAGCACUAUCCUGCGCCUCCAAACCAUCGUAGCCCGGGAAGUGGACCCAGCAGAUUUUGCCGUCGUCACUGUCUCAGCAAUCCAUGCAGGAGACGCAGAAAACAUCAUCCCAGACCGCGCCGACGUCAAAAUCAACGUGCGGACCGCCAAACCAGAAGUCCGCGAACGAGUCCUCAGCAGCAUCCGCCGCAUUAUCGACGCCGAAGCAGCAGCGUCCAACGCCCCUCCACCUGAGUUCAAACCAACAACGCAAUUCCCUUUCCUAUAUAAUGACCCUGACGUCACUUUUGCGCUCGAGAAAACCUUCUCAUCGCUCUUCCCUCUUUCACCGCAUGGAUACACUACAGAUAUCCCGCGUUUGCCUGGGAGUGAGGAUUUCGGGAUCCUGGCGACAAGUAUUGGUAAACCUAGUUGUUUCUUUCUGUAUGGGGGCACAGAUCCAGGGUUGUACGAUAAGGCGGAGAAGGAAGGGAAGUUGUUGGAGUUGCCGGUUAAUCAUAGUCCUUUUUUCAUACCGGUGUUGCAGCCAACGUUGAAGGUUGGGGUAGAUGGGUAUGUAGCGGCUGCUUUAACUUUCCUGGGGAAAUAAAUGAGAGAUAUCGAAU